AUGCCGUCUCCUCCCAUCCAGUUGUUCCUCACUACCAUAGCCUCUCAGCCAGCACUCCGGCAACGUCAAGAGUACAUUCUCCGCAUCCUUCAAGUCAAGAAGAUCCCGUUCAUCUCGUAUGACCUGGCGUCGGACGAAGAUGCCAAACGGCUCUGGAAGCGAAAGGCGCCUUUAGACAAACAGCAGUUGCCGGGAAUCCUUGUCGGAGGAAAGUUCCCUGGCACGUUCACCGACUUCGAGGAAGCCGUCGAAUAUGACGAGCUGGCCACCUUUCUCCGUCUGAAUGAGCCUUAUAAUCCCGCCGUUGAAGAAGAUCGUCCUUUGCUUCGUGAACAGCCUAUCGGCGUACCCGGCGCAUCAUCUCCCUCCCAGAUGGCAAAGCCCGAGCACAGGGCCGCAUUCAAUGCCAGCCCUUCGCCGUCACCGCUGCGUACCAAGACGUCUGCUGCAGAUGUGCGCAAGCGAGACGAGGCCGAAUUCGAUGUCGGCCAGGAGCUCGUCGGGUACGGGUUGCAGGGCCUCAAGGUCACACACGAUGAUCUCCUGAAGCUGGUGCAAGAUUUGGGAUUAGAAGGGCUUGAGCGAGAUGACUGUGAAGGAUAA